UGAACGACCCUCUUUUCUUCGCCAGCAAGCGCAAGUUCUCCCCGCUUGUCCUCCCUGCGGGUCUCUUCCUUUCCUUUGGAUCUGCUCUCGUUACCUCGCUCGCUCCCCCUCUGUCUCUACUCCCAUCCUCGUAAAUAAUCCGUAACCAGUAUGGUCGCCUUUGCAAGCCUCUCUUUCUUGUCGGCUCUCGUCCUCUCGCUUUCACUCUUUACAGCUGCUGCCGUUGGCUCUCAUGAGACUCCGCGUCGUCGUCACCCUGGCACUAAUUUCCUCGGCCAGAACCACACGCUAUCUAAGCGGUUCGACGAUGCCCGCUUCUCUUACUACGAAGCUGGCCAGGGCGCUUGUGGUGCAACUAACAGUGACUCGGACUCUAUCGUCGCGCUGAACUCUGCGCAAUUUGCCGGAGGCUCUAAUUGUUUCCAAAUGAUCACUAUUUCGUACAAUGGCAAGAGCACACAAGCGCAGAUCACGGACGAGUGUCCAGGCUGUCCAUAUGGUGGCCUUGAUCUUACACCGGGCCUGUUCUCGUUUUUUGCAUCAGAGGACGCAGGUAUCAUAUACGGCACCUGGAAUUUCGGUAGCGGCGCUGCUCCGUCGCCGUCGCCGUCGCCAACACCCGCGCCCACGCCUACGCCAACUCCAACGCCCACCUCGGUAUGGACGCCACCGGUGAUUGUGGUUACGACUUCGUCCUCUACGUCGUCUCCGCCCCCGCCCCCGCCGACGACUUCGUCGUCCACCGAGGCGCAGAAGUCGUCCUCCGCCACCUCGUCUACGCCGACGCCUUCGACGUCUUCGACGUCGAGUGCCAGCUCUGCUCCCCCGUCGAGCUCAUCAAGCGCGGCAUCGUCCAUGGCAUCGAGCACUAGCUCAGCCGUGGCGGCCGCGCCCAGUGGCAACAUCAACCAGCUGAACAGUGUCAUCCUCAGGCUGGCUGCGCUCGCGGCAGCUGCCGAGCAAUCGCAAUAGAAUCGCACUGUCUCUAUCCUGCACAUGUUUUUCAAGGACGAGAUACCCUCUCCUUACGCAUCUUCAUGGUACAGAUCGUAUAAUAUACCUUUGCGCAUAUCUUUAGACGAAUGAUCGCACGUUCUCCGAAUGCAAACCUUUGCUACUUAAAUUAGUUUGUCGUACUUAGACGUGCCUGUUCAUUGCCUUACGGACCAUGUUACCAUCGUGUCGAUCUGUCUGUCAUUCUGGAGUGUUACAUUCACGCUUUUUGUCACCUGCGCUGCUCGAACACGAAGGGACAGAUGUGGUCGAAAAUAUUGAUAUCGU